AAUUCGGUAGAGUCGGUGGGAUAAGGCAUCGAGUCAUGAAAGAUUAUGUCGAUGAUUGUGUUAUAGCUAUAAACUACAAGUUGAGAAUUCGGAAGGUGAUGAAACUAAUCGAUGAGCAGCAGUGAAACAAAACUUGUUGGAACCCCAAUUAUUAAUUAUUAGUCAAAUUCAAUGGCCAACCAUUCUUCUUCGCCCUCUUUACUUUGCGCUUCUUUCAACCAGGACCAUAGUUACUUUGCCGUUGGCACCAGAGAUGGUGUUAGAAUAUUUGAUACCAAUACUGGAAGACUUUGUUAUGAAAGAGCGGUUGGAGCUUUUGUUAUUGCUGAGAUGCUGUUUAGCUCCAGUCUUCUUGCAAUCGUUGGAGCUGGUGAUCAGCCAUCUUUGUCCCCUCGCCGUCUUUGUUUAUUCAAUACAACCACUGGAGCUGCUCUUAGAGAAUUGAAUUUUCUAACUUCCAUACUUGCUGUUCGCAUGAAUAGACAAAGACUCAUUGUCAUUUUACAAGACAAAGCAUAUGUAUAUGAAAUAAAUAGUCUCACAAUCUUGGAUACUAUUGACACAGUGCCAAAUAUUAAAGGACUUUGUGCUUUUUCCCCUUGUUUGGAUGCUUGCUACUUGGCUCUUCCUGCCAGUACUACCAAAGGAUCUGCGUUGCUAUAUAAUGUCAUGGAUUGCCAUUUACACUGUGAGAUUGAGGCUCAUCGUUCACCAUUAGCUGCAAUGGUUCUUUCUUCUAAUGGAAUGUACAUAGCUACAGCAUCCGAGCAAGGGACCAUAAUCAGAGUCCAUUUGGUGUCAGAUGCAACAAAGUCAUAUAGCUUUAGAAGGGGGACAUAUCCGUCUACUAUAUUUUCUCUUUCAUUUGGACCAUCAAAGCAGCUUCCAGAUAUUCUUGCAGCCUCAAGUUCUUCUGGUUCUAUUCAUCUUUUUACUCUCGGAUUUGCUUCACAUCCAAGGUGCAGGAGCAAGAGAUCAAGUGGUUUUCUUGGAUCAAUAAUUCCUGGUGCUGUGAAUGAUGUGCUGGAUCCUGCUUAUCAUCACGUACUACAUAAUGCUGUCUCUGCAGGAGUCAAAAGCCAUGCCAUAAUUCGCAAGGUUGAAAAUGUCACCAACUCCUCAUCAUCUGAACUCCUAGCUUGUAGGGCCAUCAUGUCCGUAAUAACUUAUAACGGCUACUUCCAGGAAUACAACUUAAGCAUUGAUGCCCAGAAUGAAUUAUCUUGGUCUUUAGUGCGUGAGUUCAAUCUUUUGACUGCCACCAUGGACAAGGCAUCAUGAGUGGCAAAAAGUAUUUUUAGAGCACCAUCUAUAACUGUGAAGCUUGAGGAAUUGCAUGCUACACUUAAACUUUCAGACCUACCACUGCUGCCAACAUUGAAGUGUUAAUCAAAGAAACUUCCAGAGCUGUCGUGGCUGCCAACAUGAAUGUGUUAUUUGGAGGAAACAAUGAUUCCAAAUAUGUAUAUAUGGUACAAUAUAAAAACUUCGUUUAACAUUCCUCCCCCACAAUGUAAGGUAAGUACGUUAAAAAUAUCUAUAAUUUGGGACUUGUAAGAAAUUUAACCAUAUGAACGGAUAAAACCAAUAAUUUACUUGCUGAUAACCUACCUUUUUCAUUCAAAUUUGUGGCAAUCUGUAUUGUAAAUUGUUGGUUAAAAUAGUUUAUCAUGUGGUUUAAA